AUGGCCGAGCUGCGCACACUGGCCGGUGAGUGCGGCCGCGGCCCGCGGCACGGCUGGGAAACGGAGGGCGCACGGAGCGGUCCGAGGGGCCUGCGACCCUCGGCCUCGGGCCCAGCACGCAGGGCCGUGGUUAAGUCUGGUGGCCCCCCCACUUCCGACCCCGAACAGGAUGGGAGCUCCCAGCUGGACCUCCGGGGACCGGCAGUGGAGUCCCUGGGUGUCCAGCGCGGGACAGCGCUGCCUCGGUGGACCCCGAAAGCUCAGGUGCUGCCCACUGCGCGUGGGAAGCGGGCACUGCGCCCCAAGCACCGAGGACGAAGAGCCGAUCAGGGGGACGUGGAGACGUGGGUGACCGAUGCAGGAAAACUGAAAUGCUCCUUGCUUCAUCGUGGAACCCUUCCGCUAGCAAUUCUUAUCUUGGUCUUCUUUUGCUACAGAUUCAUGAGCCCCAGCAGCCAGACGCUGGAAGACCUGGGAGCUGAGCCCAGGAUGGUUUAUCUCCAGCCAAAGGUGCUAUCACCCAUUAGGAAAGACGUCCUAGUAGUGACUCCUUGGCUGGCUCCCAUCGUCUGGGAGGGGACCUUCAACAUCGACAUCCUGAAUGAACAAUUCCGGCUUCAGAACACCACCAUUGGACUCACCGUGUUUGCCAUCAAAAAAUACGUGGUGUUCCUGAAGCUGUUCCUGGAGACGGCGGAGCAGCACUUUAUGGUGGGGCACCAGGUCACUUACUACGUGUUCACAGACCGGCCGGCCGACGUGCCGCAGGUGCCCCUGGGGGCCGGACGGCGGCUGGUGGUCCUGACCGUGCACAGCCACACGCGCUGGCAGGACGUCUCCAUGCACCGCAUGGACACGAUCAGCCGCUUCUCGGAGCAGCGCUUCCUGCGCGAGGUGGAUUACCUGGUGUGCGCCGACGUGGACAUGAAGUUCCGCGACCACGUGGGCGUGGAGAUCCUGGCCUCGCUCUUCGGCACCCUGCACCCCGGCUUCUUCCAGAACAGCCGCGAGGACUUCACCUAUGAGCGCCGGCAGUCCCAGGCCUACAUCGCCUGGGAGGGCGACUUCUACUACAUGGGGGCCUUCUGGGGAUCGGUGGCCGAGGUGCUGCGGCUCACCAAAGCCUGUCACGAGGCCAUGGUGGCCGACAAGGCCAAUGGCAUCGAGGCCGUGUGGCACGACGAGAGCCACCUGAACAAGUACCUGCUGUACCACAAGCCCACUAAGGUGCUGUCCCCGGAGUACCUGUGGGACCAGCAGCUGCUGGGCUGGCCGGCGGUCAUGAAGAAGCUGCGAUUCGUGGCGGUGCCCAAGAACCACGAGGCAAUCCGGAACCCAUAGUGGGGCUUCCCGGAGGGGAUGGGGAGGCCGAGGACCAGCAGCCUGGCCGCGCUGAACUGGAAGGGUCCAGAGAAAGGGGUAGGGCCGCCCCUUCCUGUGUUGUUGCUGAAAUUGCUGAGGUGCCACCCAUCACCCACCCAAGAUUCAACAGGCUCAGCUCCGUGAGAACCACAGAGGGUCAGGACGGUGUCCCCAGGUGCCCCCACAGACUCAGCCCCUAGUCGGGCUUCCCAGCAAGUUCCUGGAGCGGCCACCUUCCACUCCCAGUGUGUAGCCAAGCCUCUUCAGCUGGUUGAGGCUGGAGGUCUCAGCCCCUUCCCGCAGGGCUCAGAGGUGAAGUCUUCCAGAACAAGGAAGAGGCCACUUCACAAACCACAGGGCCUGGUGGGUGCGCACACCUUCAGCUUCAGGCCCGUCCCCUCUUCUGGGAGGCCUCGGAACAGGUGGGCGAUUCCUUUAUGAGCGGGCAGGAGAGGAGGAGACGAGACCCUACCUCCUGGCCUAGGGUGUCUGGCUCCUGUCCCCCAAGUCAGCUCUCACCCCCCCCCAUCAUCUUUCUGCUCUUGGUUUAUUUGGGAAUUGCUAUUUCUCCAUUACUGGAAAAAACACAAAACCCUACUUCUAUAUGAUACGAAAUUCUAAAUUCUUGUGGAAGUCGGUCUUUUAUUCCAAGAUGGUUUCUGGGCCCUUCAGCCAGGCCCUCCUGAGGUAAGUCCUUGGCUGAGUUCUCCCCCUCUCAAGUGCAAAGGAGAGAGAAAGACUCAUAUUCUCUUCUGAGAUUGGUAAAUUUCCUAAUUUCCAGGCUCUUCCCUCCUGAAAAAAGGCUCCCAUUCUGUGCUGUGUCAAUGCUGAGCACAACGAUCCAGGAAAAAUGUUUUCCCCUAGUUCAAAGUGAACAUAGCCUUGUGGAUGGGGAGGCUUGCUGCCAGCCCUGGCCUUGGGCAUGACCCUCAGCUCAGCCCCGGGGCACAUUGCUGACCGGCUCUUUCCUGGCUUUCCUCGUGGUGGUUUUCUACAGUGUUGAGCAUUCAGUCUUCGUGUCCCAUUGGGAUUCCUUCUGUGUUCAUUGAUAGCUUUGCAGCUGUGCUUCUGUCUGGAACCUUCUGCCAUUACUGUAGUUUUCAUGGGGCUGUUUGGGUUUUUGAAGAAGGAGGGAGGAACUUUCCAAGACCACUUGUCAUGGACUUGGGAUGUUAAUUCACGUUAAUGUGUUAAAAGCCACACUGCAGUCUCAGGAACAGGACAGUGGGGGAGUGCAGGAUUUGGGGUGGGUCUCCAUUGGUGACAUCCUUUAGGGAACUGGAUAGAUACUGGGCCUCUGCCCUUCCUUUACAGGUGGGUUCAGGCAGGAAUGUGGGGCUGUCACCCAGGAUCAUUCUUAGGCAGGGUUCCCACCCUCACCACUGUGGGUGAAUCCUGACUCCCAGGAGUUGCUGGGUCUCCUGUCUGGACAGCCAAGCCUUCUCAGCCACCUUUCCUGCCUCCUCUGUGGCCCCCUGAGCCUUGAUGGCUGCAGGGCACAGUCUGGACUCUGCUUUGCCCGUACCUACUUGUCGAUGCAACCCAACCUCCUGCUGAAGAGCAAGCACAAAGGUCUGGGCCCCUGCCUGCUCCAGACUCUCACAGCUGGCACCUCGGGACAAGCUUCUCUGUCUACAUCAGGCUGCUGCAACUGCCCAUUCCCUCCCCCUCCCCCAACCUCCUGCUCCUCCCCCAGCACACUGCCUGGGAGUGGAGCCACUUCUGGUGCUCCAGCAUUGGCUGUGACUUCCUUCUGCCACCCAUUUCCAAACUGUCAACAAAUCCUGUUGGCUUGGCCUACCCGACCUGUUUUCCACAACUCUCACUUCUACCAGCUUGCUCAGGCCAGCAUCAUCCUUGUGUGGUAGAUCAGCGGCUCCCUGGCUGUGCUUCGUCUACCAUGGGCCCCUCCUGUCCACAUUUUCCCCAGCAUAGCAGCCAGCAUGGUCCUGGAGAUGGUCCCUUUGAGUUGCUCCUCUGCUGGGAACCAUGGGAGGCCCCCACCCCCCUAGACCAGAUGUUUCCAGGGCCUUCCUGAGUCAGUCUCCAACACCCCUCUGUCGUCAUUCCCGCUCAGGGAUAGUCUCAGGUUGGAGUACCAAUGUGAACAUUUAGGUAGUGUCCCAGUUUGUGGGCCUUGCUUUUUCCCUAAGCUAGCUCCUGCCUGUAGGCUUUCCCCCCACAUUUUUGAACGAUGCCUUCCCUCCCUGCCUCAAGUGUGUGCUCAUAGGGCCAUACCAGAGAGCCCUGUCCCCCCACCCAGUCCUGCAAAACAGCAACUCCACCCCUUACCUUCCUUUGCUUUGUUCUGAACAUCACAUUUAAAACGUUUACAUUUAGAAUAAUUGUAGAUUCACAGGAAGUGGUACCAAGAGGGUCCCCCGUGCCCUUCCCCAGCUUCUUGUUGGUCACCCUGGCUUGACUAUAGUUUGAUAUCAAAGGCAGGAAGUCGGUGUUGGCAGGAUGUGCGAGUUCCAUACCAUGUUUCCCUCGUUGGGCCCCUUUGGGGACCCCACAGUGCAGGCAGAAGCCCCCCUGACACUGUGAGCGCACUGAGCCGUCCUGCAGUCCGUCUCCGCUCUGGUUUUGUCAUUUGGGGAAUGCUCUAUACAAGGGAUCAUUCGGUAUGUGACCUUGUAAGAUUUGUUGUUCCUGUGCUCAGUUCCUUUUAGUGGCUGGGUGGAUUUGGUCUGGAGGUGCCAGUGUGUCUAGCACCCACCUGCUGGAGGUGGUUCCCACAGUUUGAGGCGAUUACAAAGCUGCCAUGUGUGCUGGCCUCCGUGUAGACAGUUCUCAAUUCGUUUGGAGAGCACGGAGUGCGAUGCUGGAUUGGAGGGUAGACGUGUGCUCAGUUUCGUGAGAAGCAAACCAUGUCUCCCUAAGCGGCUGCCCUGUUUUGCACUCCCACCAGCACUUCAGUGGCUCCUGGUUCUGUCCCAUCCCCAGCAUGGGGGUGACCUUGGACAACUGCCUACAUUCCUGGUAGGGAACAGAUGUACCUUGUUCUUGUUUUGACCUCUGGUGGCUCCCAGUAGUGCUGGCUCAAAUGGUUUACUCUUAGCUCAGUUAACUUGGGAUAUAUAGUGAGGCAGAUACGUUUAAAGCCACAUGCUCGUCUCUGCCACCCAGGGUGAUAGAUAGCAGUUGGAGAUACUGACACCGUAAUCAGAGAAAUGGAGGAAAGCUGGGCACUGGAAGCCGAGAUCGGGAGGAUUGUGGUUCGAGGCCAGCCUGGGCAAAUAGUUUGCAAGACCUCCCAUCUCCAAAAUAAUAAGAGCAAAAUGGACUGAAGGUGUGGCUCAAGUGGCAGAGCCUCUGCUCUGCUAGUGUGAAGCCUGGAAGGCAGGGAAGGAGGGACAGAAAG